AUGUUCAAAUCUUCUUUUAACUUAUUACUGUUGGUCAACGCAUUAAUUUUAUUGGUGGUGACUAUUGUGCACAAUGUCCAUGCUCAAACAUGUACAUCCAAUUAUGACAUUGCUCCAACACUUGAAUCAACAACAUGUCCAAUUGGUUUCGUCAAUAUGAUGCAACUCGAUUCUGGCAAUAGAACAUGUGCACCAUAUGCAACCUUCUUGAAUUCAGUUUUAGGAAAAUCAUGCACCAGUGAUGCUAAUUGCUAUCUGGCUUCACUUGGCUGUUUCAAUUCCAUUUGUGAUUAUAGAAAGACGAGAUAUCAGGGAGAUUCAUGCAAUUCCAUUAAUAAUUGUGCAGAUGGAUUGAAUUGUCUGGGUGGAUAUUGCUUGAAAUUUGAUAAUCUCAAAGUAGGACUUGGAGAAAUGUGUGGAGUUUACAGUGCAACUGAGAAUACUUAUUCAAUUUGUGCCGAUAAUAGAAUGUGUCACUCUGGAAUGUGUGUCAAUUGUUUAAUGAGAAGUGUCAAUGAAACAUGUAAUACUCAUGAUAUGCAAACUCAUACUCAUACACUGUGUGGAGAGGGAUUGACUUGUUUGAAUGGAAUUUGUAAUCAAGUAACAACCUUAAAGGAAGGUGAGGUUUGUGAUCCAAUGAGUGUGACAAGCAUUUGUCCAAGUGGAUUAGUUUGUAGAAUUGUUAAAGCUGCCAUGAUUGACCAAUAUGUAUGUUCCAAAUAUGCCAAAUGGGGCGAAUUCUGUGAAGGAGAUGCUCUUGGAUGUGAGAGUAGCAAGAUUGGAUCCUCUGGACUUGCAACUUGUUACAAUGGAGAAUGCUCUCGUGUCAAUUUCAAUACUCAUGAAAAGAUGUGCUCAUCAGAUUCUCAUUGUUAUAGUGGAACUUGUGGUUCAAAGAAUGGAAUGUGUUUCAAAUUGGGUCUUGCCAAUACUUUGACUUGUAAUGGAAAUGGUCUCAAUUGUCCAGGUUCUUUCCAAUGCAGUUGUAAUGGAACUAGCUCUUCAGGUAAUGGCAAUGGUGUUUGUUUUGGAACUUGUACUGGUUUUGUUCAGGAUGUGUCAAUUUGUUUGUGGAAUAAUGGUUAUUCGAAUGCAGCGCACAUGCUUCCAGGAAAUGGCAAGUAUCAAAUUGUGGACCUGAAAUCAUCUGCCUUUUUAAAAUGUAAAACUCAAUAUGAAGCUGCCUACUCGUGCUUGAAGCUCACCUCUAAGAGUGCUCAAGUAUUCUUGGGCGAACCAUCAUUGCCAGGUCUUGAUAUUUCAUCAAUGGUCAUGAGUCGACCACCGAUGGUUAUCAUGCCAGGUGGGGCCAAAUUUAAUAGUACAAGUUUGGAAUAUGAAUAUCCAUCAGGUCCAACUCCAGUGGUUAGCAGUAGCAGUAUUUCACCUGCCAAAUCAAAAGCCAGUAACAAUUCUAAUAUGGUAGUUUUGAGUCAAUUAGUGGUUGUGUUGGUGGUUUUGGUUUUGAAUUUACUUGUUUAA